CAUUUAUAAACCUGCUGAAUGAUCGACGUCAAGGCUAAUUCGCGAACUUGAGAGACAUCUGCAGCAAAGACUGGCCUUGUCAUUUUCUUCUCCUUAUACAUCACUUCAAGGCAGGCCUAUCUAUCUCUCGUUGUUUCAAUAUUUAGUUACGUAUUCAUUAACAUGCUGUUAAAAUCAGUCUUAUCAACUAUCCUAGCUUUAGCUACCUGUGCUAGGGUUACCAGCGCUAUACCACUUGAAUCUUCAGGAGAGUCUACGCGACUUAACAGGCGAUGGCUCUCGGGUGGAGAUAAAAUCCGCGGUGUCAACCUCGGAUCGCAAUUCAUUAUCGAGCCCUGGAUGGCCCAUGACGAAUGGUCUAGUAUGGGAUGUGGAAAUGCCAACGACGAAUGGCAAUGCGUAGAAGCACUGGGGCAAGAUGCAGCUGAUGCGGCUUUCAAGAAGCACUGGGAUACGUGGACAACCCAGGACGAUAUCACGCAAAUAAAGAGCCUAGGUCUAAACACCGUUCGCAUACCAGUCGGCUUCUGGCUCCGCGAAGACCUCGUUAACGAAGGGGAACAUUACCCGCGCGGCGGCAUCGAAUAUCUCGACCGCCUCGUUGGCUGGUGCGCCGACGCCGGGAUCUACGUGAUCAUGGAUCUGCACGGGGGGCCCGGAGCCCAGUUCCCCAACCAGCAGUACACCGGUCACGGCGUAGACUAUCCCGGAUUCUAUAACCAGGCCAAUUACGAGCGCGCAAUCAAGUUCCUCGAAUGGAUGACCGAAAAGAUCCAUACAAAUAACGGUUACCGCACCGUCGGCACCCUCGAGGUUAUGAACGAGCCGGUCCACGCCGGGGACUACGGCUCCGAGGCCGCGGACAUGAUUGCGAAUUACUACCCUAAGGCGUGGGACCGCAUCCGCAGCCGCGAAGACCAGUUGGGAGUUGGGACGAAUGAUCGUCUGCACAUUCAGAUGAUGGGUAAAGCAUGGGGCUCAGGUGAUCCUACCAGCAACAUCUCCGACCCCACCUUCGCGCUGUUCGACGACCACAGGUACUACAAAUGGGACGGCUCGGUGGAGACGACCAAAGCCGGUUACAUCUCCGCGGCGUGCAACGACAACCGAGGCGGGAGCGACGUUAUCGUGGGCGAGUGGUCCAUCUCGGUCGCCGACUCGGUGCAGUUCAACGACGAGUUCCAGAUCGACAACAGGCCCUACCAGGUGGACUGGUACAGGCAGUUCUGGGCCGCGCAGGCGCAGACGUUCGAGAAGUCCGGCGGCUGGGUGUUCUGGACGUGGAAGUGCAACUGGAUCGGCGGCAUGGACGAGUGGCGGUGGUGCUACCAGUCUGCAGUUGCUGCCGGCGCUAUUCCGAAGGAUGCUGCGAGCGCUGCGAGCAUCAGCCCUUGUUAAGUUAGACAAAUCUAGGAUUGGUAGUGAUUGUGUAGUAUUGACUGAGUAUUCUUGUGUUUAUUUCUUUGUGUUAAGAGAACACCUGUACCUAUUAAUAAUUAUAAAUUUGUAACUUUUACCUUUA